GUAGGAGACUACAUUCUCACAGGUGAUGCACUGCCACACGCUGUUGGAAUGAUCCGUUGAGGCUGAGAUAACGAAAGCCCGCGAGCACAAGCUUGUCGGAUUUAAACGCAAACGGGCAUCAUUUUUACCUCCAUUCCUCACUCCCUUCUUCUUCCUCACUAUGUCUACCAUUUCUCAAGAGGCCAAGGCCUCUCACUACGGCACCGAGAAAGAUGUUGAAGUCGUCGCAUACAACACAACAAGUGACCACGAUAUCAUCGACUUUGAGGAGAAGAAGGAUCUCAAGCGCGGUCUCAGACAGAGACAUAUCCAGAUGAUUGCCCUUGCUGGGACAAUAGGAACAGGCCUGUUCCUCGGCUCCGGUAAAGCCAUCGCUCGUGGUGGUCCAGUGGGUGCAUUACUAGGCUACGCCUUCGUCGGUGUCCUCGUAUCAUGUGUCGUAUUCUGCCAAGCCGAACUCGCCGCCCUCGUUCCACUAUCUGGCGCCAUCGUCCGCCACGCCGAGUACUUUUUUGACCCAGCGUUGUCCUUCGCGAUGGGCUGGAAUUACGUGUACUCGAACUGCGUCAGUCUUCCUGCAGAGAUUACCGCUGGCGCCGUCCUCAUACAGUUCUGGACAACGAUCAGUAACGGGCUGUGGAUCACGCUACUUGGCAUACUGCUCAUCAUCUCAAACCUGCUCUUUGUUCGUGUGUACGGCGAACUAGAGUUUGGCUUUGCGAUUCUCAAAAUUAUGCUGGUGGUGGGUUUGAUUAUCAUGGGUCUUGUCAUCGACUUAGGUGGCGGCCCUGACCAUCACAGAUAUGGUUUCCAAUAUUGGCGAAAUCCGGGUCCGUUCGUUCAAUACCUCAAUAUCGAUGGCUCCCUCGGCCGCUUUCUCGGCUUCUGGACCACCUUCUCCAACGCCGCCUACUCUUACUCCGGCAUCGAAACCGUCGCCAACGCAGCCGCCGAGACACAAAACCCGCGCCGCAACAUCCCUAUCGCCGCAAAACGCGUCUUCUGGCGUGUCCUCAUCUUCUACGUCUUCGGGAUCCUCAUCGUCGGCCUCAUCGUUCCCUCAAACGACCCGAACCUCCUCGGAGGUUCGGGAGAUGCAUCCCAAUCCCCAUUCGUCAUCGCUGCGAAGAGAGCGGGGAUUUCUGUCGUUCCGCAUAUCAUAAAUGCCAUCGUUCUGACGUCGGCAUGGUCUGCGGGGAAUUCAGUCAUGCUUAAUGGUUCGCGGAAUUUGUAUGGUAUCGCACGGGAGGGGCAUGCACCAAAGAUCUUCCUGCGUGUCAAUAGGUUUGGUGUGCCGUAUGUGGCUGUGAGCUUCUUAGCGGCGUUCAUGGCUCUGGCGUACAUGACGCUGCAGGAUGGUGCCUCUACUGUUUUUGGUUGGUUCCAGGAUCUCGUGUCCGCUGCUGCUAUCGUGCACUGGAUCAUCAUUUGCGUUGUGUAUCUUCGCUUCUACUACGGUAUGAAGAGACAAGGUAUCUCUCGAGACGAACUCCCAUGGACGUCUCCUUUCCAGCCGUACGCCGCCUGGCUCGGUUUCUCCGCGUUCUGCCUCAUCCUUCUCACCGGAGGUUAUGCCGUCUUCAUUCACGACAAAUGGGACACGGAGACAUUUUUUUCAUCCUACUUCAACAUCCCUCUCAUCUUCGCACUCUACUUUGGCCACAAGUUUAUUACCAAGUCAAAGUUGGUACCGUUAGACGAGAUGCCGAUUCGCAAAUACAUUGAGAUUGCGAAUCAAAAUCCUGAGCCUCCUGCAAAGCCUGUAGAGGGCUUGAAGAGGCUAAAUCUGUUAUGGAGCUGAUCAUGCCUGCUUUCGGGUUUGCGUAAGAAAAACACAUAGUCUAUAUUUGGAUAUUACA